ACGGGUGGCGCGGUGACGCCACCGGGCCGUGUCACCUGGGCGGGGAGGGCCCGUGAGGUGGCGGUGGGACGAGCAGGAGGAAGAAGCAGAAGUCUCGCGGGAAGUCGCCAUAGAGACGGAGCCGCUUGGCCGCGGGGCGGGCGGGAGCCGCCGCCUCGGGAAGCCGCCGGGACCGCGAGCCGGCGCUGAGGCAGCGGCGCUCCCGCCGCUCCGCGUUCUCCCCGGCGCAGUUAUACCUACGUAUGUUAAUGCUCCACCUGGACAACUGAAAUGAGACUGAAGACUUCACUUCUAAAGGAACCAAAACAUAAAGAAUUAGUUAGCUGUGUGGGAUGGACCACAGCUGACGAACUAUAUUCCUGCAGUGAUGAUCACCAAAUUAUGAAAUGGAACCUUUUAACUAGUGAGACUACCCGAGUAGUGAAACUUCCAGAUGAUAUUUAUCCCAUAGAUCUCCACUGGUUUCCCAGAAGUAUAGGUGGGAAGAAGCAGUCCCAUGCUGAGAGCUUUGUUCUGACAAGUUCUGAUGGGAAGUUCCACUUGAUUUCGAAAUCGGGAAGAGUGGAGAAGAGCGUGGAGGCGCAUUGUGGGGCCGUGCUCGCGGGACGCUGGAACUCCGAAGGAACAGCCCUGGUGACAGUUGGUGAAGAUGGCCAAGUGAAAAUCUGGUCUAAAAGUGGAAUGCUGAGAUCCACUUUAGCUCAGCAAGGAACACCGGUGUACUCAGUAGCCUGGGGACCCGAUUCUGAGAGAGUUCUUUAUACAUCAGGGAAGCAGCUGAUUAUUAAACCUCUUCAGCCCAACGCUAAAGUUUUGCAGUGGAAAGCCCAUGAUGGACUUAUUUUAAAAACUGACUGGAACUCAGUUAAUGAUCUUAUCCUUUCUGCAGGUGAAGAUUGUAAAUAUAAGGUUUGGGACAGUUAUGGCCGUCUCCUGUACAGCUCACAGCCCCAUGAAUAUCCUAUAACCUCUGUUGCCUGGGCUGGGGAUGGAGAGUUAUUUGCCGUGGGGUCCUUUCAUACUUUGCGUCUAUGCGAUAAAACUGGGUGGUCUUAUGCUUUAGAGAAGCCGAACACGGGCAGCAUAUUUAAUAUUGCUUGGUCUAUUGAUGGUACUCAACUGGCCGGAGCGUGUGGGAAUGGCCAUGUCAUUUUUGCCCAUGUGGUGGAACAACGCUGGGAGUGGAAAAACCUUGAAAUAACAUUAAUUAAGAGGAGAACCAUGGAGGUGCACAACGUUAUUAACGAUGCGGUGGAUUUGCUAGAAUUCCGUGACAGGGUUAUUAAGGCCUCUUUGAACUACGGGCAUUUGGUUGUUUCAACUUCUCUUCAGUGUUACGUGUUUUCUACAAAGAACUGGAACACACCGCUGAUCUUUGACCUGAAGGAAGGAACAGUGAGUUUGAUUCUCCAAGCGGAAAGGCAUUUUCUUCUUGUAGAUGGUGGAGGACUUUAUUUAUAUUCAUAUGAAGGAAGAUUAAUUUCCUCUCCAAAAUUUCCAGGAAUGAGAACAGAUGUUUUAAAUGCCCAGACAGUAUCUCUGAGUAAUGACACUCUAGCAGUAAAAGACAAAGCUGAUGAAAAGGUUAUCUACAUAUUUGAAGCUUUAUCUGGAAAGCCGCUGGGUGACGGAAAGCCUCUAACCCAUAAGACGGAAAUUAUGGAGAUCGCUUUGGACCAGAAGGGACUUACAAUUGAAAGGAAAAUAGCUUUUAUUGAUAAGAACAGAGAUCUCUAUAUUACUUCAGUUAAACGGUUCGGAAAAGAACAGAAGAUUGUCAAAAUAGGCACAAUGGUUCAAACCUUGGCUUGGAAUGACACGUCGAACAUUCUUUGUGGGAUUCAGGACGCCCGUUUCACAGUCUGGUACUACCCCAACACCGUCUAUGUAGACAAAGACCUUUUACCAAAAACUCUGUAUGAAAAAGAUGCAAGUGAAUUUAGCAAAAAUCCCCAGAUUGUACAUUUUGUAGGAAAUCAAAUAACAAUUAGAAGAGCAGAUGGUUCACUCAUUCACCUUAAUAUUUCACCUUAUCCUGCGAUUCUUCACGAGUAUGUUAGCAGUUCUAAAUGGGAAGAUGCUGUCAGGUUGUGUCGCUUUGUCAAGGAUCAAACGCUGUGGGCGUGUUUAGCUGCCAUGGCGGUUGCCAACAAGGACAUGGCUACAGCAGAAAUUGCCUACGCGUCCAUUGGCGAGAUUGACAAAGUUCAGUAUAUCAAUUCCAUCAAAGAUCUUCCAUCGAAAGAGUCGAGGAUGGCUCAUAUCCUGCUGUUCAGUGGGAACACCCAAGAAGCUGAAACCCUCCUGCUUCAAACAGGCCUCAUUUAUCAAGCGAUUCAAGUCAACAUUAAUCUUUACAAUUGGGACAGGGCCCUAGAACUAGCAGUAAAGCACAAGACACAUGUUGACACAGUCCUGGCUUAUCGACAAAAGUUCCUAGAGGACUUUGGUAAAAAAGAAACGAACAAAAGAUUUUUGCAAUAUGCAGAAGGUCUGGAAGUUGAUUGGAAUAAAAUCAAAGCCAAAAUAGAGAUGGAAAUUGCCAAAGAGAGAGAACGAGCAGCAGCCAGUCCCUCCGUGAGAGCCAGUGUGACCGUGCAGCAGUGACUGUCCUUUGGUCACCUGAAGAAGUGCUUCUGGAAUAUUUUGUACUGGUAUAUUUUGAUAAACAUAAAUAAAUAGAUUAAAAAAACACAGCAAACAUUUUGCAGAGAACAGGAGUGGGACUUGGUGUAGUUCUUGUUAAUUGUUGGAUGACAGGCAGAAGUCUUUAUUUACUACCAUCUCAUUUUGAGCUGGGUUUAGGUUGUGAUGCCCCAGUGAGCAGCUACAUUGUAAUCCCUAAUAAAUGUAUGAGGAAAAAAGGGAAAUUAACUGUCUUUCUCUUAGUGGCUUUUAAACUUUCAUUGCCAUUAAAAUGAUUUAACUUUGCUUGCCUCUAAUUAAAUAAUUGUUUCCCUGUUUAAGCACCUAGUUAAGUAGUUUGGUUAUUUCUGCAACCUCAGGGACCUCUGAAAAGACUCAUUUAAAUUGUCUGAAAACAAACUUGGUGAACUCUAAGUGUUGAAAAAUGUAAAAAGGAGCUUGCACUUAUAAAGGACAAAAUAAUCUUUCUCUCAAAUUACGGUAAUACAUAUUUCUGCUCCUACACAUGUACUAGCAAGUUGUUCAAUAGGUGAUUUCAGAUCACUUCAGCACCUCAGGUUUGUCACCGUAGCAAAUUAUUUAGCAAUAAAGAGUAUUUUCUGAGAUAAUGUCAGUUGUUUAAAAUACUAUGGAAUGUGGUUUGAAAUAACCAAAAGCGUUGUUGGUUGGUUUUGUAGCAUCUAACACAUAAAACUGACAAUGAUAUUCAAAGCUUCCUUAAUGUUAAAAUGUCAUAUUAAUUUAAAGUAGGAUCUUUCCAUGUAUUUUUUUCUCCCCAAAGCACUUGAUUUGAAAAUAUUGUUUUUACAUUUGUGAUAUUUCAUCAAGACACAUCUUUCUUUGUUUUACAUAUAGACGUGGCUGCGUAUGUUCCAUGUCCUUUGCAGAAGCCCUUUGUGUUAUAAAUAGGUGAGCAGGUUAUUCAUAACUGACACUGUAUAUAAUAGGUAUCUUUCAAAUGUUACCAUCAAAAUAUUAAAUAUCUGUAUUUUUUUAAACAUUGUUAUAUGACACUUUUUUGCAUAGUUCCUGAAUUUUUUAAUAAAAACAGAUAAAAGAGGGA